UUGUAUGAAAAGAGCUGUUCUUCUGAAGUGAACACAACGAGAGACGAGUGGAAUGAAGAAGACAUCAGUGGUUAUCACUUUCACACGUAUUUCUUUCAAAACAAUGUUCAGAGUAGUGGUCACGCCGAGAGACUCCGCACAAGGGUUGAGACAAAUAUAGCAAACGGUUUGCUCAACGCGUGUAUAACCAGCGAGGUGUAUUACGACCCGGUGGGGCCCCACCCGGUCGGCAUGUUUAUCACGUGUUGCAAUAAGACAUCGAUGACACCCGCCCUGUCGUGGUUUGUGCAAAAUCACGGCAACCUAUCAGUGCUGAUCCAUCCGUUAACCCGGGAAGUGUUGGCCGAUCACACGGAAAAAGCCACCUUUUUAGGCCAAUCCAUGCCAUUAGAUUUGCCAACACUUCCGCCGGUCGUUAAACAGCCCCUCAAAUGCAUUCCCGAACACGUCUUCCGGCGAACCGAUGAUUGA